AUGGCAUUAAAACGCCUGGACAUUCAGCCCCCGAAUGUGAAUGGACCGAGAUCAGUGAAAAACAAGACUUUAGCCUUUUCUGAUUAUAUCACUUCCAACGACUUUGACAUUGUGGCUGUGACAGAAACAUGGCUUGGUGGUCCAGGAGACAAAGCAUGUAUUGCCGAGUUAGUGCCUAGUGGAUACAAAAUCGACCAUGUUCCUCGCCAAGGUCGUGGUGGUGGGGUAGCGGUCAUCCACAAGGCACCCCUAAAACUUUCCAUGCUUGCAUCCAGUCACAAUACCAAUGUUACUUCUUUUGAAUAUAUGGACUGCAACAUCACUAUAAAAAACUUUUCUCUGCGAUUAGCUGUGGUAUAUAGGCCGCCUCCAAAUAAACAAAAUGGCAUUAAGACUACGACAUUUCUUGAUGACGAAUGGCCAACAUUUCUUGCAAACUUUACGACUGCUGAGAACGAUAUUAUUGUGGUUGGCGAUGUUAAUUUUCACCUGGACAAUCGGUCAAACCCUAACACGUCAAAAUUCAACAGCGUUUUGGAAGCGUGUGGUAUGAGACAGCACGUCACUGAGCCUACUCAUGUAGCAGGCCACAUACUAGAUGUGCUUAUUACCAGAGAUACAGGCACAACGGUAUCAAAUGUAGAAAUAUCUGAUCCCGGACUCCCGGACAACAACGGCAAUACAUCUCGUGAUCAUUUUGCUGUGGUUUUCAAUGCUAGUGCGUCCAAACCACCACCAGUACGCAAAACUGUGACUUACAGAAAGCUAAAGUCUAUAGAUGUUGAUGAGUUUAAAACCGAUAUUUUGGAAUCAGAUAUUUUAAAUAGUGUAAACGAUAGUCUCAAUGUUGAUGAACUAGUUGAUGCUUACAACGAUGGUCUCUAUUCCCUUCUUGACAAACAUGCGCCUCUUAAGUCCAAGACCGUUGUACUAAGACCAAUGAAUCCGUGGUAUUCCCAAGAACUUCAUGAUGCUAAACAUUUAAGACGUCAGUUAGAGCGAAAGUGGCGGUUGACUGGAUUGACAAUAGAUCACGCAAUCUACAGAAACCAAUGUGCUGUAACUAACAAGCUUCUAAAUGUGUCCAAAGUCAAUUACUACAGUGAGAAAGUAGAGUCUUGCGGUCGUGACAUGAAAGGCCUUACCAAAGUAACCCAACAUUUGAUGGGUAAUACCAAAGAUGCAGUGCUGCCAUCUGGUAAAUAUGCAAAAGUUCUAGCACAAGACUUUAGUGACUUCUUUGUAGAUAAGGUUGAAUGCAUACGUAGUGAUAUAGCCUGGACCAAGUCUCACCAACAAAUAGACACUGUUGUUCCUGAAGCACCUUUUAAUGAAGAGCAAUUUUCAAACUUUUCAGUAGUCUCUGAUAUGGACAUCUCAAAGAUUAUUCGCAAUUCUCCUAACAAAUCCUGUGAACUAGACCCCAUUCCAACAUGGCUGUUGAAAGAUUGUUUAGGUGAACUAUUACCAUUGAUCACCAAAAUCAUUAACACUUCACUUGAAAGGGCAUAUGUACCACCAGCUUUUAAAAGCUCAAGAGUAAGACCUUUAAUCAAGAAGACAGGAUUAGAUCAAGAGGUACUGAAAAACUACCGGCCUGUAUCGAAUUUACCGUUUUUGUCAAAGGUUCUCGAGAAAGCUGUCGAUUCCCAACUUGAAAGACACCUAUCUGCACAUAACCUUCAUGAAGAACGCCAGUCUGCUUAUAAGCAAUUUCAUUCAACAGAAUCUGCUUUAUUAUGUGUACAAAAUGACAUCCUCCGCUCACUUGAUCAGAAUGAGGCUACGUGCUAG